CAGCCACUCGGAAGACCGUUUCCCAGACGCAGUUAUCAAUACAUAUCCGCCUGGGAUCAGGGAUCCAAUCAGAUGCAAUGAGCGAUCCCUAACUUGUUUCCCAGCACUUGCAGAAGUAGGACAGACGUCAUUUUUCUUGUCUUCAGUAUGAAAUAGAGUAGGUUGUGCUUUAAACAUGAACCAAGAGCUGGAUUUUAUGUUUGUUAAAUAUGCACGGGUCUGGAUCCCGGAUGUAGAGGAAGUGUGGAAGUCAGCAGAGCUCACCAAGGACUACAGACAAGGAGAUGGAGUACUGCAGCUACAGCUGGAGGAUGGAAAGGAACUGGAGUAUAAAUUGGACCCCAAGACAAACAAUUUACCACACCUCCGUAACCCUGAUAUCCUGGUGGGAGAAAAUGACCUGACAGCUCUCAGUUACCUUCAUGAGCCCGCUGUGUUACACAAUCUGAAAGUGCGCUUCAUUGAUUCCAAACUCAUCUACACAUACUGCGGUAUUGUUCUAGUCGCUAUAAACCCAUAUGAGACACUACCCAUCUAUGGAACUGACAUCAUUUAUGCGUACAGUGGGCAGAAUAUGGGUGACAUGGACCCUCACAUCUUCGCAGUGGCAGAAGAAGCUUACAAACAGAUGGCCAGGGAUGAAAGGAAUCAGUCCAUCAUUGUGAGCGGAGAAUCCGGAGCAGGGAAAACUGUCUCAGCCAAAUACGCCAUGCGCUACUUUGCUACGGUCAGUGGCUCUGCCAGCGAAGCCAAUGUGGAAGAAAAAGUUCUGGCAUCCAACCCCAUCAUGGAGUCCAUCGGUAAUGCCAAGACCACCAGGAAUGACAAUAGCAGUCGUUUUGGGAAAUACAUUGAGAUUGGCUUUGAUAAGAAGUAUCGCAUCAUUGGUGCGAACAUGAGGACAUAUCUCUUGGAGAAAUCGCGUGUCGUAUUUCAGGCAGAUGAGGAGAGGAAUUAUCAUAUCUUCUAUCAGCUCUGUGCAUCUGCUCACCUCCCAGAGUUCAAAGCACUGAAACUCGGAAAAGCUAAUGAUUUUCACUACACCAAACAGGGCAGGAACCCAGUGAUAGAUGGAGUAGAUGAUGCCAAGGAGAUGUCGACCACCAGAAACGCCUUCACACUGCUAGGUGUAAAUGAGUCCUAUCAGUUGGGCUUGUUUCAGAUUCUGGCUUCAAUUUUGCACCUGGGGAAUGUGGAAGUGAAGGACAGAGACUCGGACAGCAGUAUUAUUCCACCGAAUAAUGGUCACCUGAGUGUGUUUUGUGAAUUGAUGGGAGUGACAUAUCAAGACAUGUCUCAUUGGCUGUGUCAUAAGAAGCUGAAGACAGCAACUGAGACAUACAUUAAGCCCAUUCCCAAACUACAGGCCAUUAACGCCCGCGAUGCUCUCGCUAAACAUAUCUACGCCAAACUCUUCAACUGGAUCGUGGACCAUGUGAAUAAAGCGCUGCAUUCCACAGUCAAACAGCACUCGUUCAUUGGAGUCCUAGACAUUUACGGGUUUGAGACUUUUGAAAUCAACAGUUUUGAACAGUUCUGUAUUAAUUACGCCAAUGAGAAACUACAGCAACAGUUCAACAUGCAUGUGUUUAAGCUGGAGCAGGAAGAGUAUAUGAAAGAGCAGAUCCCCUGGACUCUCAUUGAUUUCUAUGAUAAUCAGCCAUGUAUCAACCUCAUCGAGGCCAAGAUGGGCAUCCUGGACCUGCUGGAUGAAGAGUGCAAGAUGCCGAAAGGCUCUGAUGACUCCUGGGCUCAGAAACUGUAUAACACUCAUUUGAAGACAUGUGCACUCUUUGAAAAACCACGGAUGUCCAAUAAAGCUUUCAUUAUUCAGCACUUUGCAGAUAAGGUGGAGUAUCAGUGUGAUGGCUUUCUGGAAAAGAAUAAAGACACAGUGAAUGAGGAGCAGAUACAUGUUCUGAAGGCCAGUAAGUUUGACCUGCUGGUGGAGCUGUUCCGGGAUGAGGAGAAAGCCACAAGUCCGACCGGUGCUGCUCCUGCUACUGGAGGACGCACUCGCCUCAGCGUCAAACCAGACAAGAACAAAGCCGGCCAAGCCAGCAAAGAACACAAGAAGACAGUUGGACUGCAGUUCCGUAACUCUCUGCAGCUGCUGAUGGAGACACUGAAUGCGACUACACCACAUUACGUUCGCUGCAUCAAACCCAACGAUCACAAAUAUGCCUUCACGUUUGACCCCAAGAGAGCAGUGCAGCAACUGCGUGCAUGUGGUGUUUUGGAAACAAUCCGCAUCUCUGCAGCUGGUUUCCCAUCUAGGUGGACGUAUCAGGAGUUCUUUAGUAGGUAUCGAGUCCUGAUGAAACAAAAAGAUGUUCUGACAGACAGGAAGAUGACCUGUAAGAAUGUUCUGGAGAAACUGGUGCAGGAUCCAGAUAAGUACCAGUUUGGCAAGACCAAGAUCUUUUUCCGCGCCGGGCAGGUUGCGUAUCUGGAGAAACUGCGUGCAGAUAAGCUGCGUGCUGCCUGCAUCCGCAUCCAGAAGACCAUCCGCUGCUGGCUGGCACGCAAGAAGUACCUGCGCAUGAAACAUGCUGCCACAACCAUCCAGAGAUACGUCCGUGGAUACCAGGCCCGCUGUCUUGCGAAAUUCCUGCGUCGCACACGUGCUGCGAUCAUCAUUCAGAAGUACCAGCGCAUGUAUGUCCAGAGAACAUGUUAUAAACGCAAGCAGGCUGCCGCUCUGGCCAUGCAAUGCAUCCUCAGGGCGUACAUGGCCAGACAGCUGUACAAAGCGCUUCUGCGUGAGCAUAAGGCCAUCAUCAUUCAGAAGAUGGUCCGAGGCUGGUUGGCGCGGCAGUGGUUCAAGCGGUCGCUCAAAGCCAUCGUUUACCUGCAGUGCUGCAUCCGCCGCAUGCGAGCCAAGCGAGAACUCAAGAAGCUCAAGAUCGAAGCACGUUCGGUGGAACACUUCAAGAAACUCAACAUCGGCAUGGAGAACAAGAUCAUGCAACUGCAGCGCAGGAUAGACGACCAGAACAAGGAGAACCGUGUUCUCAGCGAACGUUUGAACAGUCUAGAGGUCAGCCAUGCUGCCGAGUCUGAGCGUCAGCGUGUAGAAUUGACGCGUCUGCGAGGGGCAGAAGAGGAUGCCAAAAACAACGCCAACAAAGUUACAUCUCUUCUGGAAGAGCUGGAGCGACUGCGCAAAGACCUGCAAAACACACAGAAGGAGAAGAAAGCAAUCGAGGACUGGGCACGAACCUACCAGGACGAGAUGGAACAGAUGAUCUCAGAACUAAAGGAGCAAAACCACCUGCUGAAGAACGAGAAAAACGACCUGAACCGACUGAUCCAAGAACAGAGCCAGCAGUGGACAGAGAAAAUGCAGAGGGCUCUGAAGGAGGAAACCCAGCAGUUAGAAAACGAUUUAAACGAGGAACGUUCUCGCUACCAGAACCUUCUUACCGAACACCUUCAACUAGAGGAGAAAUACGACGAUUUGAAAGAGGAGAUCACACUUGCUGUAAAUGUUCCAAAACCUGGUCACAGACGCACAGACUCCACACACAGCAGCAACGAAUCAGAAUGUACAUACAAUUCAGAGUUUGCCGAGUCCGAGGAAGGGUCCCGCGGAGGGGAGGACGUUCCCAAGGCGAUACUGGACAUGUCCCUGUUCCUAAAGCUGCAGAAGAGAGUAUCCGAACUAGAGCAAGAAAAACAGUCAUUACAGAACGAACUCGAUCGGCGAGAAGAGCAGUUUCAGCGGGCUAGAGCUAGGGACGAUGAGGAACAUAAGAAAGCUCGUAGUGCUGAGCUGGAAUAUGAAUCUCUCAAGCGUCAGGAGUUGGAGUCAGAGAACAAAAAGCUAAAACAUGAUUUGAAUGAGAUGCGUCAGUCUCUGAGAGGCAGCGCUGAGGCCGGUUCUGCCGCUCCGGGUUCUCCUGCGUACACGGUCCUGCUGGAUCAGCUGAAUGCCUCCAACGAGGAGUUGGAGGUGCGGAAGGAGGAGGUCCUCAUCCUGCGCUCUCAACUCGUCAGUCAGAAAGAGGCCAUGCAACACAAGGAUGAGAAGGAGACCAUGACUGAGCCUUUGCCGUACAUUGAGGAUGUGCAGAAGCUGACUGAUGCCAAGGAGAUCUCCCAGGCCUACAUGGGCCUUAAAGAGACCAGCAGAUCACCCAGGUUUACACGCAGACCGACUGAAGUGAACGAGCUUGUGAGCAGGUUGAGAUCCCCAUUCCCUGACUUCCAUAAGCUGAAUGAGGAUGGAGAACUGUGGCUGGUUUAUGAAGGGUUAAAGGAAACUAACAGGUUGUUGGAGUCUCAGUUGCAGGCUCAGCGUCGGUCUCAUGAGAACGAGGUGGAGGUUUUGCGUGGAGAAUUGCAGAGUGUUAAAGAGGAGAAUAACCGUCAGCAGCAACUGUUAGCUCAGAACCUGCAGCUUCCUCCAGAGGCCCGAAUCGAGGCCAGUCUACAGCACGAGAUCACACGCCUCACCAACGAGAACCUGGAGCUUCACUCUGAUGAUCCAAAGGAGUAUAAAGCCUACAGAAUCAGCAUGUUACGCAGGAUGGUUGAUCUUAUGGAGCAAUUGGAGAAACAGGACAAGACUGUCCGCAAACUGAAGAAACAGCUCAAAGUCUUCGCAAAGAAGAUCAAUGACCUGGAAGGUGGCCAGAUGGAUGUGUCUCCAGGACAGACGGCCGACGAGCCUGUUCAUCCCGUGAACAUUCCACGCAGGGAAAAAGAUUUCCAGGGAAUGCUGGAAUACAAGAAAGAGGAUGAACUCAAACUGGUCAAAAACCUCAUACUUGAGCUAAAGCCUCGUGGAGUGGCAGUGAAUCUGAUACCAGGUCUGCCGGCAUACAUUCUCUUCAUGUGUCUGCGUCAUGCUGACUACAUUAAUGAUGACCAGAAAGUCCGAUCUCUACUCACCUCUGUCAUCAACAGCAUCAAGAAGAUCCUGAAGAAAAGAGGUGAUGACUUUGAGACCGUUUCCUUCUGGUUGUCCAAUACAUGUCGUUUCCUGCACUGCCUGAAACAGUAUAGUGGUGAUGAGCAAUUCAUGAAGCAUAACACUACUAAACAGAACGAUCACUGUCUCUCUAACUUUGACCUGGCCGAGUACCGGCAGGUUCUGAGUGAUCUGGCCAUUCAGAUCUACCAGCAGCUCAUCAAGUGUAUGGAGAACAUCCUGCAACCCAUGAUCGUCUCUGGCAUGCUGGAGCAUGAAACCAUCCAGGGUGUGUCUGGGGUGAAGCCCACGGGUCUCCGUAAGAGGACGUCCAGUAUCGCUGAUGAAGGGACAUACACGUUGGACUCCAUCAUCCGACAGCUCAACUCAUUCCACUCCAUCAUGUGUCAGCACGGGACCGACCCAGAGCUCAUCAAACAGGUGGUCAAGCAGCAGUUCUACAUCAUCGGCGCCGUCACCCUCAACAACCUGCUGCUGCGUAAAGAUAUGUGCUCCUGGAGCAAGGGCAUGCAGAUCAGGUAUAACGUGAGUCAGCUGGAGGAGUGGCUGAGAGAUAAGAACCUCAUGACAUGCGGUGCGAAAGAGACGCUGGAGCCGUUGAUUCAGGCUGCACAACUACUGCAGGUCAAGAAGAAGACGGAUGAGGAUGCUGAGGCCAUCUGCUCUAUGUGUAACAGCCUCUCUACAGCACAGAUUGUGAAGGUGCUGAACUUGUAUACACCUGUCAACGCGUUUGAAGAGCGUGUGUCAGUACUGUUCAUAAGAACAAUACAGACACGUUUACGGGAUCGAAAGGAGUCACCUCAGCUGCUGAUGGACACCAAACUCAUCUACCCCGUGACCUUCCCCUUUAACCCCUCCUCCCUGGCCCUGGAAACUAUUCAGAUACCCAGCAGCCUCAAUGUGGGCUUCCUCACUCGUGUGUAGACCCGUCAGUCACCUCACCUCAACCAAUCACACGGCAGGAACAGGGAGCCAAAAUAUAUAAAUAAAUAAAAAUGAAUGAUUAUAGGUAAAUAAGCCACACACUUAAAGAGAAUGCAGUUUAGAUCAUGUCAUCAAUCCUUCUUUUUGCACUUCUUCAUCCCCUUUAUUUAUUCAAUAAAAGAGUGAAUCUCACGAAACCAGUCCAGUAUGUGUUCAGAUCACAAUUGUCCUCACAAUCAAAAGAAACACAUAAGAAACUAUUUUGCUUGAAGAAAAAUUAAGCUCAUUAGGACAGUUAAUAUUUUGACAUUGUGAUGCUAUUUUAAUGACGUUUAAGCACUUCCUCCCAAAAUUCUGAUUACUGAAAUGCAAAAAGAAAAAAAUUAUAAUAAAUUUAACUCAAUAUAUUAUUGACAUUGUACAGUGUUUGGUAACAUAUGCCAAUUAAAUUAAAUAAUUGGAAUUCACUUGAUUGCAGUAAUUAUUGAAUUAUUAACAAAGUGAUUUUUUUUAUGAAUAAAAAAAUAAGGUAUUAUUAAUGAACAAAAUGCACAAAACACAUAUCCACAGCAGCAUAAUACAAUAAUAUUAAUAAUAAAGUUCUUAAUUUACUUCAUGGAAAGUAUAUUCUUAUAAUAUUUCUUUAGAUUGUGGGACCUGGAUAUUUUUGUGAGAUUCACCUUUUAAACUGGAAUAACUCAUUCUAACACUAAUGCCUUUUCAGAGCACGGGGCUGUACAAUCUUAUACAUAAAUAUCUAUGAAUAUGUAUGAUGCUAGGAUAUUUUAUUUAUUGCUUUACCCUAUCAGAUAUAUUUUUUUGUCUCUCAGAUGCUAGCUAACAUGGAUAUCCAGUUGUGGAACAUACUCUAGUCCAACUACUUAGAUUAAUAACUUAGUCUCAGUAAAAAAGGUCAGCUGGCUUCAUUAACGUAGGUGUUUAUUUGUUAGUAGCGUGUGGUGAUGUUGAUUAGCUAGUAAGUAAUCAUGUCUGGUGUAACUCUGCCAGAAAGAAAACUUUGCAUCCAUGCACUGUCUUAGAGCUUAUUUCUUCCUCAAGAGCUUCCUCAAGUUUGCAUCUCUGAUCACCAGGAAUCAUUUCCAAAGAGAUGGUACAGUCCAGAUCCAGUGCAUGAUGGGAUUGUUUGGGUUUUCAUCAUACGAACAUAUCAAGAGCAUGAGAUCCGUGUUCCACAGGUUUCAGCAGAGCUAGAGCUAGUUCAGGUGAGAUCUAGACUCCUAAAUGAGGUUUAAUGAAGUUUUAGAUGGUUUGGGCCCUCCACCGUUCUACAGUUGGGUGAAUCUCAUGAAGAAAUGUCUCAGUGAAAUAUGAAAGGAUAAUUAAGCAUGUUUUAAUCCCAAAUUCUCACUAUUGUAAUGCAGUGAUCCUUGUGUAUGUUACAAUUUAAAUAAUUUAUUAUUGAUUGUAUUACAGUAAUGAGAAUUGAUGGAGAAAUGGGCUUACAGUAAUUGUGCAAAUAUACACACACACACACACACACACACACACAGUAAUACACUUAAAAAAAAUUGUUUUUGUUAUAUUCAAAGAGGCGUAUUGUAUGCACAAAAGCACACUGGAUAUCCCAAACAGAGCUAAAAGAAACCCCAAACUGCUGACUCUCUCAGAACAUGAUGUUUAUCAAAAACUUGCUGUUAUUUAUUUCAGUAUUAUGUUAUUAAAGGUUAGAAGCGGCUGUUGAUUUUAUGGCAUGUGCUGUUAGAUGAGUUAAUAUAUUUAUGGACAUAUGGAUUAUUUUUUUGUCACUUGUUUUGUUUUGCUGUUUGUCUUUUGUGUUCACAUCUGGCUGGAUAUCAGUAUUAUCUUGAAUGUGUCAGGCAGCUUUUAUUGGAAAGCAGUAUGUUUUGAUCUGUAACUCCUGAAAUUAAAGCAGUCACUAUAGUGCAGCCAUGCUUUCCAUCACACACACAUACACAUUCACACACCCUAUUAUUAUAUUAUAUUAUAUUAUAUUAUAUUAUAUUAUAUUAUAUUAUAUUAUUAAAGUUUUAGGGUCAGAUGAUGCAUGUUGAUACUUUGUUUCCUCUGUCUAAUGCAUGGGUUUCAUCUUUAAAUUCUUCCACACUAGUUCAGUGUGUUAUUGGCCAUUAACACACAGCUUAGGCUCUAAAUAGAGAAUCUUAUGCCAUUUCACUGUAGUGCACUGAGAUUUUAUCAUGCCUUACUGUAGUUAUAGUCCAUCCUGUAUAACGCAGAGCUUCUGUAUCUUUCUAUCAGUCUCAACUGCUUUCUGACAGAGAUCAGUGUUUGUUAUGCAUAUGUCACAAGAAAAAAAAAUGUGUGUGUGUGUGUGUGUGCACGUAUAUGCAAAGUCCAUUUUUAUAAUAAAAUUUGUAUUGUUUUCCAGGUUUUUUUUUUUUGCACAUCUUAAAUUACACAUAUUUUUCAUACCACAUUCGUGAUUUUUUCAAUAUUUUAAGCAUUUGCAAAAAUGUAGUUAAAAAAAUAAAAUCGAAAACAUCUAAUGGGGGAAGGGGGAAAAAAUUAAUUCAACAUAUUCUUUGAAAAUGUCUUAUUUUCCUUCUCAGUUAAAUGGAGUUUGUUUACAUCAUUUGAUAAUUUUUUUGUCAUAGAUAUUUUUACUGGAAAGCAAGACAAAAAUAGCGAUCUGAAUAGCUUUGUUGUUGUUGUUGUUGUUGUUUUAUUGUGUAUUAAUAUUCAGUUCAGAUGAGGACAGCUGAAAUCAAGUUCAGCAUUCAACAUCUCUAUUGUCAUCAGUGUAUGGAAUCAAUCAGGAGUUUUAUGAUCAUGGGACCAUUGUAUGUGUGUGACCUUUGCUUUUUUAUUGUGUUCAGUUCUUAUGGAAUUCAAAUAAAAAUGGUUGAAAGAUUUACAAAUGCAAUUUGAUAAAAAUGCAUAUCACUUCAAAUGGAAAAUAAUGAAGUUGUACUGGAACAAAAAAAAAAAGUCAUUGAAUGUUGACAUGUUUGUACAUGUUUUUAUUUAAAGUACAUUGUCAUAUUUUAGAUAAAGCCUUACCUCUGAAUGGACAACGUCAAUGUAACACAUUUGUUUCUCUGUGGGGUUUCAUAUUCUGUUUAUUUGCUUUAUUGACAUUUGUGAAGUAUAAACUUAAAAUAUUCCUGUUGAAAUGGGUAUAGAUUUCCAAAUGCCUCUUAAAAAAUUGAUUUGCACUUUGCAUUUAAAAAAAAAAAAUUAAAAAAUUAAAAAUCUCAGAUUUGUCGCACCGAUCCAACAGCCCUGUUUUAGUCUUUAGUCUCAGCUCGAGGUUCUAAAGUGGUUUGUAAAAAAUGACGUUCACAUUACAUCAGCUAGUCCACAGUCUGAUGCUCAUUGUAUCAAGAUCAGCCUGCUCUCAUGCUUGUAUAAAGACAGCUUAUGCAGACAUUGAUAGUUGCUGUAGUAAUGCAGAUCAGUUGAACAUCUCAUAUGUUUGCUUCUCCUUCAGCGUGUUCAGCCAGGAUUGGGCUGACAGAGGUCUUGGGGAGUGGGGGGUGUCUGUUACUGAAGGACCAGAGAGUUUGUAGUUCCUGUAGCUGUAAUUAUUUCAUGUGUUCAUCAAUACAAUUUCAUGGAGUGAUAUACUAAUGUCAAAAUCUGCUCAAGUCAAAUAAAUGAAUUCAGCACUA